UCAACCCAAGCCCACCUUCGGCCGAAUAGAGCAGUCCUAACAUUCCUGUUGUUUUUCUUAUAUACAUCUUUUCCUUUCACGUAAACGGCGUCGCUUCCUACUUCUUUUUAAGCUUUUCUUCCACCCUGGAUUCGACCACCCCUCCAAAAACUUUCUCCCUCUCUUCCUGACGCAACUCCGCCGUGUUGCAGCCGGUUAAUGACCUUUUUCUGUUUCUUUUACCUUUUCUGAGAACGAAACUUUGGGUUGCUCUAAAAAAAAAAGCCAAUCAAGUAGGGCUUAUCCAAAGCGUGACUGAUCGCAAACAGGAGCGGGUCGAAGUCUCAAAGUCGGGUUUUCCUUCCAAAUACACAAAAAAAUUCAAACAAAAGAAAUGAAGAAGGAGAAGAGUUCCCAAUCAACAAUAUCAUCUUCCCAGGUAUUUCUGACCCAUGUUUGCUGCGGAUUAGUCUUGGCCGUUGGAUUUUGGGUGGCUCACAACGUCUACUCCAUCAAUCUCGUUUCUGAUCCUUCAAACACCCUCUGUUGGAUCUGGGCUAGUGAAUUGCCAGUUGUUAUCCUUCUUUUCAGUUGCUUUAGACAGAAACAGGAGAAAUGCUCGUAUUUGAAAGCUAUUGCCCAAGGUCUGCUGGGACUGCCUGCCGGGGCUCUAUUAAAUGCGCUUGGAGCAUUAGCUUUGGGUGCACCCAUCGGCUUGCAAUACUUAGAAAAGACCCUUAACUGGUCUCUUCUGAUGUCUUUAUUCACUUUUGUGCCUGCAGCUUCUGUUUAUGGUUCGUCUUGGAAAGAUUGGCAUCGCAUAUUUGCAUGUACAAAGCCAAAUGGAUCCUUGGAUUUUAUGCUUUGUCUACCAGCACAUGGAGCUGUAAUUGGAGCUUGGUUUGGUGCUUGGCCUAUGCCACUUGAUUGGGAAAGGCCAUGGCAGGAUUGGCCUAUCUGUGUGAGCUAUGGAGCUGUGGCUGGUUAUGUGGUUGGGAUGGUAGGAUCCUUUGGUGUUUCACUUAUGCGUGGUGGACAAAAGCAACUCAAAGCAGAAUAGAUAUUUGUUUUUAGUUUCCCUCUGCUGAUUCUUGUAGUUAUUCAUCCAUAUUUGAGUUAAUGGAGCCAUGGCUGGUUAAGUUGGCUUGUCACAUUUUGUGAUUCUUAUAGCUAUUCAUUCAUAUUUGAUUUGAAGUUGAUUAAAUAAACCGCAAAAAAAAAAGGCUGAUCUCUCUCUCUCUCUCUCUCUCU